AUGCUUGCGAAACAAGAGUCUGGGAACCAAGUCCUGAAUAAUGUAUGCUUCGUUGUUCAAAACAAUAGUUCUUGCUCGACGUCGACAUUUGAUGCUUUAGAUACGAUAAAGACUAUUACUUGUUGUGAUUUGGUGUUACCUUAUGGUGAUAUGAACCAAAAAUGUGCCAGAGGGAUGGUCUUUGCUUAUAAUGAUGGGUUAAUUCACUCACUUCCUUUACGCGGAAAUCACUUGAAGGUUAUGAUAGACAACAUAGAUGAAAGAUAUAAAGGUAUUCCUGUUCCUGUGAUGACAAAUGAAGUUGGUACCCUAGAAGAUGCAGUUGGCACUGUAAUUCAAUGGCCGCGGAUCACAAUUGUUCUUAGUAAGGAACAACAAAGCAAGGCGUCAUCACAACAACAAAUUCAGACCACAAGUGCGCGACCAUCAACCGCAAAGGCUGUUAUGGUUAUAAAUGGGUACAACCUCAUUAAAGUUUGA